AGUGUAGAUGUAGAAAAAUAUUAAGUGAGAAUAUGGCGAGUCUUGAGGGCCAGCAAGAAAAUUAUUCGAAUAACCCAGCAGUGGAAAACAUACCCAAACGACCCGUUAGCCGAGAGGGGAGCGCCGAACGAAAAGUGUCCAGAGAUCGCGAGGAGAAAAUCAAAUAUGCGCGUGAUCGCCAGAACGAGGAGCGACAGCGUAAAAUCGAGGAGCUGCGCGCCCAGGCCGAGGCGGCGCAAAAAUAUCGCGAACAAAAGGAGGAGGAGCGUCGCCGGCGCAUCGAUGAGAUACGUGUCCGGGACACAGAGAAGCGUCAUCUCGUCGAGGAGCGCAAGCGGGCCAUUAUCGAGGCCGAGAAGGAGCGACGCGAGUACAUACUCAAAAAGAAUACUGAGCGCGAUUCACGAAUAGAGACAAAGAAACGUGAUAGAAACACAACUCCGUUCGCUUUUGGCUCGUCAACGCCACGUCUGUUGGAUGUACCGGCGGAUUAUGGCCUGGUAUCGCCCAGCACCUUUUGGAGCCAGCGACGUUCAACAUCUAUAUCGAACGUGGCGGGUGGCUCGCUCUCACGUCGCAGUUCCGAGCGUGAACUAGCCGAUGGUGGUGCUAAGAAGCGUACUUCCUCAUCCACGGACAGACACGAUGAUCAUCGCCGCAAGUCUUCGUCCAUGUACGAGGUGUUCAAUUGGGGCUAUUCCAAUGAUGAGCCGCCCAAGCGAUUUUCGCUUUCGAUAGCCGGUGGCGAUAUAAAUAUCGAUGGGCCAGCGUCCAUUAUAAAAACCAACGCCCAAAAACUGACUUCCACACCAACAACAACAACAGCGCACAGACCAAAUAUACCAACAACAACAGCAACUGCAAGCCACAACAAUAACUCAUAUCGUAAGGAAGAUAUCGUUGACACAACAACACAACAGAACAUGAUGUUCCGAAGCGUUUACCGCAGGAAAACGGAUCUCAUGCCGACAAUACCCAGCCCUCGAGACGGGCACUACGGUUCGCGCAGCUCACUGAGCACCACGCCCCGAACACCAGGACGCGCCUAUUCCAUGAAUCGCUUGGAUCAGCUGGCGCAGCCAAUUCGACGCAAUGGCGAGCAUGUUCGUGCCAUUCUGGAGCGGGAGCGUCGCGAAAGCGAACUGGAAAUGUUGGACGAGACGGCUUCACUGGGUGGUACUCGUCGUACGCCACAUGGCGCUCGCGCCGGACAGCGCCGUGCCGGCUCUGCUGGCGCUAGUGGCACAUCCAGCGCUGUGGGCGCCAUGUCGCGUAGCAUGACCCAUCUGGUGGCAGCUGGCAGCGGGCAGCGAGAACGUGGCAAAUAUUCGUUGGGCGGUGGCAUCUCGACCAGUUUCCGGCCCUUGGGCAGCAGUGGCGGUCAGCAGCGUGACAGCAGUAAGAGCAUGACACAGAUUAGCUAUACUACAUGGUCGCACAACAACAACCACAAUCCACAACAACAACAACAACGGCAGUCAAAUCUUGGCUUGCAAACAGCUGCAACUAAAAAAUAUCUUCAAUCAUCAUUUGCCUCCUCAUCCAACAACAGCAACAACAACAACAGGCGUGCCCAGCAACAACAAUAUGCGAUUUCUACUUCAGCUAUUACUAACCCUAACUACUACCAACAACACCACUACCACCACCGUUAUCACGACCUCGAUCCAAACUCAUUGUUGCUCAUGAACUCUUCUAGUUUGUUAGUGAAUGCAGGCUCGCGUUCCGGCAAUGUGACACCCGGCGGACAUGGCGGACAUCUGAGCGGUUCGCGACCCGGCAGCGCAAUGUCCACAUCCACAACAUUGUCCACAUCGGGUGGUGGACUGGUGCCCAGGCGCCCGCAGACGGCGCCACGUAAACCACGCCCAGCCAGCAUAGCCGGCACCGGCAUGUCCUUGGAGGAGAUCAACAAACUGAAGAGGGACAAUAAGCCGCCGUUGAAGACAACAAACAAUGGGGCCUCGCCAACAACCACGUCUACAGCACAAACGACACCCAAACGAACUCCGAACCUCAUGUCCACCUCAAUGAUCGUGACCUCCAGUUCAUCGCGCAUGCACAGCGCCGAAAAGAAGACGCCAUCAAAGCGGGAAACAUUACCGCCAAAGUCUGCAUCCGCUUCGAAGACACAGCCCAGUCGCACCGACAGCAUGGAGCGCAUUAAUCGACGCACCAAGGAGUCAACAAUCAAAGCAGCCGCACCGAUGAGCUCAUCUAUGAUUGUCACCACGAGUGCCACCACGGCAACAGUGACAACUGCUCCAGCAGCUGCAGCACCCGCACCCGAGCACCCGGCUAAUGGUGUGGCCAAGGAGCCCGUAGAGCUGGCCGCAGAAGUGCCUGCUGUAGUUUCUGUGCCUGCUGAAGCUCCAGCAGUGCCCGUCAGUGUUAGCAAGGCGGAAAAGGAGGCGCUGAACACAGUCAAAACGGAGCAAAUUGAGCAGCAGCAGCAGCAGUUGAUGCAAGUUGAAGCACAGCCCGAGGCAGCUGCUCAAGUUGUGGAGCCGGUGGCACCAAGAGAGGAGCCCAUGAUUGCCUCUGUCAACGUCGAGGAGAAGGCGGACGAGGGCAAUGAGAAGCCGACGCAGCCACAGGAGCCAAUUGCCCAAAAGAAGACAUCCCGCAAUGGCAGCAAGGAGAACUCGGAGGUGCGCGAGCUGACUCCACCAGUGGCAGCUGUGGCAAAUCUGAAUGUGGAUGUGGGCAGCGAUCUGAUGACCGCAUCGAUGAUAGCCAGAAAGAUAACGACUGAGGAGCAGGCAAAGGCGGCAUUAGCCGAACGACGACGUCUGGCCCGCGAGGAGGCCGAACGACAGGCGGAAUUGGAGCGCCAACGACUCGAGGCCGAGCGUCUCGCUGAGCUCAAGGCCCAGGAGGAGGAGGCCGAGAGACAGCGACUCUUCGAGGAGGAGUCGACACGCCUCGCCGAGGAGCAGCGUCGUGGCGAGGAGGAGCGUCUCCGCAAGGCCAUCGAGGAAGCCGAGCAACGCGAGGAGGAGGAGCAGCGUCGGCGCGAGGAUGAGGAACGUCAGCGCAUCGAGCGCGAGGAGGCCGAAAAGAAGGCCAAGGAGGAGGCUGAGAAGCAGCGCAUCGAAGUCGCCGAGCGUCUCAAGCGCGAGGAGAAAGAGCGCGAGGAGCGACGCAAACGCGUCGAGGCAAUCAUGUCGCGCACACGCAAAGGCGGCGCUGCUGCUGCCACGCCCGCCAAGGAUUCCGCUGAUGCGAAGACUGUGUCUGCGCCCAAAGAGAACGAUACGAACAGCAGCAGCAGCAACAACUCAGCUGAUGGCUCACCAAGCAGCAGCAGCACAGAUGCCGUCGCACCACCCACAGAGCCACCGACCACUUUGGUGGCGGUGGAGUCGUCCACAACGACGACGGUGACGGCGAUGGAGCCAACAGUCAACCAUCAGACAACGUAUGAGCAAUCGGUGCUGGACAAGGAGAACUCGCUGAUAAAUAGCUUCUCCAAUAUGAUUAUCGAUGAGAAUGCCAAGAACUUGCACCAAUUCGAGGUAAGCAAUGGUAAGCUGCAUGUGGAAACAAUGCCGGCAACAGUUGCAGCAACUGCACCAGCAACAGCCGUGGCUAAUGGCAAUGGUCAUAUUGAGAACGGAAACAAUAAGAACGACAUCAAUCUGCUGCAGGAUGCAGUGACUCCGGCUGAUGUUACACAGCUCAUCGAUCUAAGCAUUGAGUCACAAGAUCAUCUACAACACCAACAACUACAACACAUCAACAUUAACAAUAAUAUAAACAACAAUAACAGCUUGCUGACAAUGGGCACAGCGGCAACCAACACGCUAGUCACUGCUGAUAGUCACGAGAAUAAAGAUAUAUCGUUGCUGUGAAUCCGUUGGAAGUGGAAACCAAACCAGAUUGUUUUCGACAACUAUCUAAAAAAAAGAAGAAAACAAAAGAGAAAAACAAAAACAAAAAACUGAUAUAUAGCUAAAUGUGUGUGGAGUAUUUAUUUAUAAAUUUGAGUUAGGAUCCAUCCAUCCAGGCAAAAGCGAGAUGUGUGGUUGGAAUAUUUCCGUGUGCAGAGAUAAAAAGAAAGCAACAAAUUAUGGUUACUAGAGAUACACUAACAAACAGGAAAACAAAAAGCUUAUAACAACUAUAUACAUUUUAUUAUAUAUACAUAUAUUUAUAUAUAUAUAUAUAUAUAUAUAAACUAAACGUACGGAUUAUGAUGAUCAAGGAGGCAAAGCUGCAAGAGAUAAAAAAUAAUAAAGAUAUGA